GGUGAGGACCGUUGGUUAUCUAUACAGUCGGUGAGGACCGUUGGGUUAUCUAUACAGUCGGUGAGGACCGUUGGGUUAUCUAUACAGUCGGUGAGGACCGUUGGGUUAUCUAUACAGUCGGUUGAGGACCGUUGGGUUAUCUAUACAGUCAGUGAGGACCGUGGGUUAUCUAUACAGUCAGUGAGGACCGUUGGGUUAUCUAUACAGUCAGCGAGGACCAGUUGGGGUUAUCUAUACAGUCAGUGAGGACCGUUGGGUUAUCUAUACAGUCAGUGAGGACCGUUGGGUUAUCUAUACAGUCGGUGAGGACCGUUGGGUUAUCUAUACAGUCGGUGAGGGACCGUUGGGUUAUCUAUUACAGUCAGUGAGGGACCGUUGGGUUAUCUAUACAGUCAGUGAGGACCGUUGGGUUAUCUAUACAGUCGGUGAGGACCGUUGGGUUAUCUAUACAGUAGUGAGGGACCGUUGGGUUAUCUAUACAGUCAGUGAGGACAGUUGGGUUAUCUAUACAGUCGGUGAGGACCGUUGGGUUAUCUAUACAGUCGGUGAGGACCGUUGGGGUUAUCUAUACAGUCAGUGGGGACCUUUGGGGUUACUUAAGUGGGUAGGCCCCUUUGGGGUUUAUCUUACAGUGGUGAGGACCGUUGGGUUAUUAUACUUCGUGAGGCCCCUUUUUUUCUACCUCUUAGAAAAAGGUCCAAAAGGUUUAUUCAGCUGUCCCCACAGGGGAACCCUUUUUGGAUCCAGGUAGAACCUUUUGGUUGUUUUAGGGAGAACCAUUUUGGGUUCCAUGUAGAACCCUCGUGGAAUGGGUUCUACAUUGAACACAAAGUAUUCUACCUGGAACCAAAAAAGGUUCUUCAAGGGUUCUCCUAUGGGGACAGCCAAUAACCAUUUUAGGUUCUAGAUAGCACCUUUUUUUCUGAGUGUAGAAGAGCCAGAUAUCUUUAUCAUGGCAACAUCAGAAGAGGGCGGAAGACAGAUAUCUUUAUCAUGGCAACAUCAAGAAGAGGGCGGAGCCAGAUAUCUUUAUAUGGCACAUCAGAAGAGGGGAGCCAGAUAUCUUAUCAUGGCAAAUCAGAAGAGGGCGGAGACAGAUAUCUUUAUCAUGGGACAAACAAGAGAGGGCGGAGACAGAUAUUAUCAUGGCAAACAUCAGAGGGCGGAGCCAGAUAUCUUUAUCAUGGCAACAUCAGAAGAGGGCGGGAGCCAGAUAUCUUUAUCAUGGCAACAUCAGAAGGGGGUGGAGACAGAUAUCUUUAUCAUGGCCAACAUCAGAAGAGGGGCGGAGCCAGAUAUCUUUAAUCAUGGCAACAUCAGAAGAGGUGCGGAGCCAGAUAUCUUUAUCAAUGGCAACAAACCGAAGAGGGCGGAGCCAGAUAUCUUUAUCAUGGCAACAACCGAAGAGGGCGGAGCCAGAUAUAUUUAUCAUGGCAACAUCAGAAGAGGGCGGAGCCAGAUAUCUUUAUCAUGGCAACAACCGAAGAGGGCGGAGCCAGAUAUCUUUAUCAUGGCAACAUCAGAAGAGGGCGGAGCCAGAUAUCUUUAUCAUGGCAACAACCGAAGAGGGCGGAGCCAGAUAUCUUUAUCAUGGCAACAACCGAAGAGGGCGGAGCCAGAUAUCUUUAUCAUGGCAACAUCCGAAGAGGGCGGAGUCAGGAUG